GGUUUGUCUGGAAUCAUGCAAUCUGCCACGCUGUUCCUCCUGGCCCUUUCGGCGGGCAUUGCCUCUGCCACGUUGCUCCAAUCUGGGAACUCUUUCGGCAGCUCCUCAGGAGGGGGCGGAGGAUACUCCUCGCCAGGCGGGUCCUCUGGAACAUUCAUUGGAGGCGGCGGCGGUGGUAGCUUCGGAGGCUCUUCUGGCGGUUCCUUCGGAGGUUCCUCUGGUGGUUCUUUCGGAGGUUCCUCUGGCGGUUCAUUCGGAGGGAGUUCCGGUGGCUCGUACGACGACGGCAAUAACUUCGGAGGCUCCUCCCUCGGCGGAGGAAGCAACUUCGGAGGGUCAUCCUUCGGAGGUUCCUCUGGCGGUUCCUUCGGAGGGAGUUCCGGUGGAUCGUACGACGGAGGCAGUAACUCCGGAGGCUCCUCCUUCGGUGGCGGAAAUGACUUCGGGGGUGGAAAUGACUUCGGGGGAUCCUUCGGGAGCGGCAACAAUAUAGGAGGAUCUUAUGACGAUGGUAACAACUUCGGAGGUUCAUCCUCCUCCGGGGGCGGCAGUAGCUUUGGAGGUUCGUCCUUCGGUGGUGGCAGCGGUUUUGGAGGCUCGUCCUUCGGUGGCAACAACGACGACGGAGGAUCUUAUGACAACGGCAACAACUUUGGAGGCUCAUCCUUUGGUGGAGGCAGCAACUUUGGAGGCUCAUCCUCCGGUGGUGGAAGUAACUUUGGAGGCUCAUCCUUCGGUGGUGGCAGCAACUUUGGAGGGUCAUCAUCCGGCGGUGGCAGCAACUUUGGAGGGUCAUCAUCCGGCGGUGGCAGCAACUUUGGAGGCUCAAUACCUGGUGGCUACUUGCCUCCAAACAGAGGAUAAUUGUACUCUAUCGAAAAUGGAUAUCUAAAGUUCAAGAAUUUCCUGGCUGGUUGGUUGCUAUGGUAUUACCAAACGUCGCACAAAUUAUGGUCAUUAACGGGAAUUUCAUGGAAUAAGAUGAACUUCUUUAUCAAUAAAUUAUAACGACAUA